UUGUUGCUCCAAUUAUCUCAGUCGAAGUCACUGCGUCUUUCUCUGGUCUGUCUUUGGUUAUCGAGAAUCUGAGAUAGUAGAUCUGGGAGGGAAGGAGAUGGCGGGAGAUCGAAGGAUAGGGGUGGCCAUGGACUUCUCGCCUUGCAGCAAGGCGGCGCUGCGGUGGGCGACGGAGAACUUGGUGAAGGACGGUGAUCACCUCAUUAUCGUCAACGUCCAGAAGGAGGUUUCAUAUGAAGUUGGCGAGACGCAGCUCUGGGAGACCACUGGUUCCCCAUUAAUCCCUUUAUCUGAGAUAUCUGAUCCUAACGUUAUGAAGAAGUAUGGGGUUAAGGCUGAUGCUGAGUCUCUGGACAUUCUCAACACAGUUGCUAGGCAGAAACAGGCUGUAGUUGUCAUGAAGAUUUAUUGGGGAGAUGCCCGUGAGAAGAUAUGUGAAGCCAUUGAUAACAUUCCUUUGAGCUCUCUCAUCAUUGGGAAUAGAGGACUCGGCAAAAUUAAGCGAGUUUUCAUGGGCAGUGUGAGUAACUUUGUUGUAAAUAAUGGCAGCUGCCCAGUAACAGUAGUGAAGAGUGCUGAACAUGAGGCUUAGUCCCACCUAUUUCCAAAUUGCCUCUCCUUAUAAUUAUUCUAUGAAAUCUAUAUGCUUUUAAGAUGUUUUAUGAAACUCUGAACUAUCUUAUGUGGAAUUAUCCUUAUUUUGAAAACCAAUCUAUGUGUGCAUUUUCUGUAUUGAGUAUAUAACAUUCUACAGCUUUAGCUAAUGCUUUUGCUCCCAA